GACACAGCAUGCCAUUUCCCACUCGGCCAGAGGACGGGACACGGUGAAGAGCUACUGUGUCUCUCAUUCUAUCCCCUCUCCUAUCGUCAUCCCCAUUGUCCUUGUUGUUUAGUUGCCUUUUUAUUAGUUCGUUUACUCAGUUAGCUUAUUUCAGUCAUGUAUCGGUAUUUCGGGGAGCUGUUGAGUCGCUCUGCGGGUAGUGCCCUGGCCUCGGGAUGCGUGGACUCCGCUCUGCCAGCGUCCUCGUCCCUGAUGCGGGUCCGUCGCUACGCCGAUGCAGCAGAUCAGCCCGAUGACCCCAACUUCUUCCGGAUGGUCGAGGGCUUCUUCGAUCGCGGUGCUACCAUCGUCGAGGACAAGCUGGUAGAGGAUCUGAAGACCAGAGAGAGCCCCGAACAGAAGAGACACCGUGUGCGGGGCAUCCUGCGCAUCAUCAAGCCCUGCAAUCAUGUUCUGAGCGUCUCUUUCCCGAUCAAGAGGGAUAACGGGGAGUGGGAGGUGGUGGAAGGGUACCGCGCCCAACACAGCCAGCACAGAACGCCAUGUAAAGGGGGUAUCCGUUACAGUACAGAUGUGUCUGUGGAUGAGGUGAAAGCUUUGGCCUCUUUGAUGACCUACAAGUGUGCCGUUGUUGAUGUGCCAUUUGGAGGAGCCAAAGCUGGAGUCAAGAUCAACCCCAGGAAUUACUCUGACAAUGAGCUGGAGAAGAUUACCAGGAGAUUUACUAUUGAGCUUGCCAAGAAGGGUUUCAUUGGGCCUGGCAUCGAUGUCCCUGCACCAGACAUGAGCACAGGAGAGAGGGAGAUGUCCUGGAUUGCCGACACAUAUGCCAACACUAUUGCACACACUGACAUCAACGCCCAUGCUUGUGUGACAGGAAAGCCCAUCAGUCAGGGAGGAAUCCAUGGGCGUAUCUCAGCCACCGGCCGCGGACUUUUCCACGGCAUUGAGAACUUCAUAAAUGAGGCUUCUUACAUGAGCAUGCUGGGUUUUACUCCUGGCUUCCAGGACAAGACCUUUAUCAUCCAGGGCUUUGGUAAUGUGGGUCUCCACUCCAUGAGGUACCUGCACAGGUUUGGUGCCAAAUGUGUGGGUGUCGGUGAGAUUGAUGGAGCCAUCUACAACCCAGAUGGUAUUGACCCUAAACAGCUGGAGGACUACAAACUGCAACACGGCACCAUUGUGGGCUUCCCGGGAGCCAAACCUUAUGAGGGCAACAUUUUGGAGGCUGACUGCAACAUCCUGAUUCCAGCUGCUGGAGAAAAGCAGCUCACACGCCAAAACGCCCCCAAGAUCAAGGCCAAGAUCAUUGCUGAGGGUGCCAAUGGUCCCACCACCCCAGACGCUGACAAGAUCUUCCUGGAGAACAAUGUCAUGGUUAUUCCUGACAUGUACCUGAAUGCUGGUGGCGUGACUGUAUCUUAUUUUGAGUGGCUGAAGAAUCUCAACCAUGUCAGCUAUGGAAGACUGACCUUCAAAUAUGAGAGGGACUCAAACUACCACCUGCUCAUGUCUGUGCAGGAGAGCUUAGAGAGGAAGUUUGGCAAGCAGGGAGGACCCAUCCCCAUCGUACCUACUGCUGACUUCCAGGCCAGAGUUGCUGGUGCUUCUGAGAAGGACAUCGUUCACUCUGGGUUGGCCUACACUAUGGAGAGAUCUGCCCGUCAAAUCAUGCGCACAGCCAGCAAAUACAACCUUGGUCUGGACCUGCGAACGGCUGCCUACGUCAACGCCAUCGAGAAGGUCUUCAAGGUCUACAAUGAGGCCGGGCUCACCUUCACAUAAAUGACCCAUCAGGACCUGCACUACUCUCCCUUCCUCCAUCUUCCAGCUAUUCAUCCCUCUCUCUCGCUUCCCUCUACCUCCUCAAACAGCCUUCAGAACAUAUCACUGUUUUUCACUGCUCGUUGGCUCUUUCAUACACAUGCAGCGAUACGUUGGCUAGCCCGGUAUUUAUCCUGUAAUCUGUGCCGCUGUUAGAUUUUUGCGACUGUUUAAAUGCCGCCCUGUUCUUAUUUUCGCCUGUCUGAGAUAAAACAGAGCUAAAUCCACAGAGAGAAUGAAGGACCCUCUCCUUCCCUCAGCCAUUAUAUAAAUAUUUGAUAUUGUUGUAUGGCAGCCAUGUUCACAGCGCUCUUACGGUGUCGCUGACUGCAUGUGUGACCCUCCUGUUGCAGCUGUUUCAGCUGACAGCACUACAGAUGCCUUAUUUCAGGAAGAGGUGUGCUCUUAAAGAGACAUGGCCACUUCAGUGUAAUGCUUUUAAAAAGGAAUUUAGAUUUAACUUCUUGUGAAUAAAAGAGAAUUAUAAUAUGAGUUCAUCCUCUCUCUUACUGUGUAAACGUUAUCCCUGAAGUUUUAGGACUUAUUGUUUCAUAGCAGGUGUUAUAUCUGUCAUCACUCAGUAGAUGCUCUCUUCCCCCCUCGUCAUCUUCAUAUCUGCCUUUUUCAUUGGUUGCUUAAUCUUCAACGCAGCUUCCCUCUGACUCCUCUGCUGAUGGCCAAAAAAAUAAAGGGGGAGCAGGGAUGGUGCGAUUUGUCACUGUGACCAGCCAGUCCCUGUUUGCAGUUUCCUCAGUUUAAACCGUCCUGUUCUUCAGCAUUGAAAAGAUUUUGGAGGAAAUUACUUUUUAUUUUUAUUUUAUUCCUUGUUUUGGAAACCAAUAAAAUGUUCAGAAAAAC